AUGCAAAACGGUACAAGCGAAGUAGUCAGCAAGUUUGAUCUAUCAUUUAACAUAACCCAUCAUCGUAAGAGUGGACAACUUUCUCUCAGUGUUAAUGCAUCCACCGAUUUAUUCGAUAUUAUCACAAUCGAGAAAUUAACGCAACGAUUCCUGGCUAUAUGGAAGCAAAUCUUUGCGCAAGCAUAUGAUAGAUUUCAACAACCAAUCUUCGAGAUAUCGUUAUUAUUACCAAAUGAAUUACAACUUAUAGAAUUAUUAAAAACUCCUUCAAAUCGUUUUCUACCCUUGGACUGCAUCCACCGAGAUUUUGCUCGACGCGCUAUAGCUGAUCCUCAGAAGAUGGCCAUUGAACUUGAUGAUCAAGGUCUCACAUACAGUGAACUUUUCUUUUAUGUUAAACAACUAGCCGUUCAUCUGCUAACUAAAUGUGAUGUUAAGGUUGGCGAUAUCAUUUGUCAAUGUGUGGAGAGAAGUGAAGCACUAACCGUCAAAGUAGCUCAGUAUUUGAAAAAAAUCUUGCCUCAUUCCUGCAGCUUUUGGAAUAUAUAUGGUCCAGCGGAAUUAACAUUGGAUUCUACUUCUCACCUUGUCGACUUUUCUACUGGCGUAAAUACCAUUUCGAUUGGAAUGCCACUACCAGGCUAUUUCUGCCUGGUGCUUGACGACCUGUUACAACCAACUGUUAUCGAUCAAGAAGGUGAACUUUGUGUAGGUGGUGUGGGUGUGUUUGCUGGCUAUCUGGGUCGUGAGGAUUUAACAUCAAAAUCACUUCUGGUGAUCGAUGGCGAAAUGUUCUACCGAACUGGUGAUCUCGUUCGUAUGGACAGCAGUGGUCUUAUUUACUAUAUUGGUCGUAAAGAUCAUCAAGUGAAACUUCGAGGGCAGCGCAUUGAGUUAGGCGAGAUUGAGGGCUGUCUUCUGAGUACUAGUAUUUCUGCCUGUGUUGUGACAAAAUGGGGCAGUGAUCAUCUCGUUGCCUAUGUACAAGGUAGCAAUAUGAAUGAGGAGGAACUGUACAAUCAUUGUUGCUCUCGACUACCACCAUUCAUGGUUCCAUCUAUUUUUAUACUCCUAGACAAGUUUCCAUUGAACGCAAAUGGAAAAGUAGAUCGAAAGCGCCUUCCUACGCCUGAUUUUACAGUGAUGGCGAAAAAGGAUGAUUCUAGUUCAAAACCAAUGACUACUCUUGAAGAGCGUCUUGUGUCCAUCUUUUCUCAAGCGUUUCAUAUUGAAUGCGUUAACAUAAAUAUGUCUUUUACACGGCUUGGCGGUACCUCUUUAGACGCCAUUCUUGCUGUUACCUUAAUUCGGCAGCAGUUAUAUUCAAAUUUUCACUUUGGUUUCCUAUUAGCUCAUCCCUCAGUUCGAGAACUUGCUCAAGCCUUGGACUCUCUUCUUGUCGUGCAUCAAGAAAAGCCUGUGACAUCAACAUUAUUGCAAGCAGAAGAAAAUGACCAUCGUCCGAUGCCAUCCUUAUGCAUAGAAACAUUGGGCAUUAUUUUACUUGUCUGUCAAUGGCUAUACCCAAUAUGGUGGGCUGUACAAUCUGACCGCUACUGGGCCGUUAUUUUCGUGCCGAUCAUUCAUAUUUUGCUCUAUGUGAUAUGUCAACAAUUAUUAUUUUCAUCAGAUAAACAGUUAGAAAAAAGCGGUGAGCUAUAUUCGUUGUGUUAUUAUCGUUGGUGGUUCUUGGAACGCUUGUGGUCAAUAAAUAACACAUACUGGAUGCAACAUCUUGUAGGAACGCCACUUUACAAUGUGUAUCUUCGCUUGUGUGGUGCUCGAAUAGGUAUCAGUACACAUAUCAAUACAACGCUUAUUGAUGCUCCUUGGAUGCUUGAUAUUGGCGAUUCGACAAUUAUUGCCAGCGAGACUAGACUUGUCAGUCUGUCCUAUUAUGGUCAAACAUACGAACUUCAUCCAAUUCUCAUUGGAUGCCACUGCUUGAUAGAAACACGUAGUAUUCUUUACGGUGGAGUCAACAUACAAAACAAUACUCAUAUCAAACCCAUGUCAGCGAUAACGGGUCAUAUUUCAUCUUCAAUCGACUCGAAAACUAGUAAAGACCAAUGUUUAUCAUGGGAUCAAGUUAUUUAUCAAUGCACUUGUCUUUUGAGUGUUUUAUCUGUUCAUAUUUUUCUUUUGAAUAUGACUCAUUGUGUCUAUUACUAUUGCUCAACUUUUAAUCUGUCGAUGAUCUUGAGUUUAGUAUUGUGCUGGGUAUUCUGGCUUUUGGCAAGUUUAUCCAUUGCCUUACUUGCAAUGAAAUUUGUCAUAGGCUCUAUUCAUCCAAAACAUUGUUCAUUUAAUUCCUACUAUUAUCUUCAUAAAAUAUGGUUACGACAACUCAUUAUAACUUCAUUUUACCAGGCAUUCGAAUUCUUACCUCGUUAUGAGGAAUUUUCAGUAGCUGUGCUUCGUUGGCUGGGUGCCCAUGUUGACGAUGAUGUAAAAAUAGCUCAUAUCAUACCAAUUUUACGAUAUCCAUCGAAUCUUUUAAGAAUUGAACAUGGGGUGUCAACAUUUGGCUAUGUUAUGCUUGCUCCAUUCGAAAUAACAAAUGAAGGUGAUUGUUCUUUAGAUUACAUCUCUCUCGGAUCGGGAACCAAUCUUGCCAAUAGAUGUACACUUAUGCCAGGCACACGAUUGUCAUGUAAUACAAUAAUCGGUAAUCUGACUAGAGUCACAAGAGAAACGGCAAGCAAGGAUCCUGUAGUAUGGCUCGGUAUUCCAGCUCAACGAAUGCCCUUUAUGAUGCCUAACAUUGUCACACAUUUGAACAACGUUCGUUCAAAUUAG